GCACUCCAUGAAGCAUGCUAUCGAAAUCAGAAAGACGUAGUAAAGUCGCUCUUAGAAAAACGAGUGGAUGUUAACGCACAAGACAACAACGGUUACACCGCACUACAUCGAGCUUCAGACGCACAGGAUAUUAUUAAAUUACUUGCCUCUAAAGCUGACCUUACUAUAAGAGAUCAAGAUGGCCGCACAGCGCUUCACGAUGUAUCUUUCCGUGGUACUGUGCAAUCGGUCAAGACACUUAUCACUAAUGGAGCGGAUGUCAACGUGAAAGCCAAAGAUGGCUCGACUCCUCUGCACGAAGCAUGUAAACGCGGCGUUGAUAUUAAGAAUAUUGCGACUAUUCUCUGUAAAGCGAAGGCAGAUAUCAACGCGAAAGAUAACCAAGGUCGCACUCCACUCCAUGUAGCGCUUGAGAACCGUGAUGGGAACGGGAUUGAGUUUCUUAUUGACGAGGGAGCAGAUAUCGUAGUAGCAGACAAUCGGGGGAGAACCCCACUGCAUAUAGCGAUGUCGAUGAGCAAUAAGGAAGCAUGCAACCUGCUUGUUAAUAAAGGAGCC